GCUAGUUCCGCAGUGGUCGACCAUUGGAUGGGUGACCAAAAAUUUACUAUCUCGAGCUCCUCUGUGCUUCGGAAGGCACGCUAAGCCCGCAGCCGUUGGUUCCAGCUGCAUCUACAGUCGUUAGCAUCCACCAAUCCGAACUGGACCCGCGUGUUGGGUCAUAGCCCAAUCUCCCUAUGUCAUCCUUAGGGAAAGCCUGUGCCCCUGCAGUCGGGACAUUAAUAAGCUGAUGAUGAUAAAGCAUACUGUUCUUCAACAGGUAUUCGUGGACAUGGAGAUAUUUUACACUGCCCCGCUGGCCGCGCACAUUCCGCAGACGGAGGACUUGCUUUGUCGCGGAGAGGUGACGUCAGCGAGGGGCUCCCACGUCACAUCGGAGCAGCCGUCGAUUCACGGCUCCACUCACGGAUCGGUACACAGCUCCGCCCCCCAGUCUGACGAUGACAAUGCGUUGGAGGACAUCGAGAGGAAUAUAGCGAGUCUCGAACGCUCUCUGCAGAACAAAGAGAUCGUCAUUGACGUGGAGUCCGGAGACGAAUCGCGCGCUCGCAAAUUGAAAAUUGUCGGGAAACGCUUUCUGAGGCGAGGCUUCUCAAUGGGGGCCGAGAAAGUGGUCACUAUCUCCGAACGUGACCGCAAAAGAACAUCUACCUUCAAGAGCGUGCGCAGCCUGAUCAGACUGGGGCGGGGGAGGUCCCGCGACUGUAGCGGCGAUGAGGAACAGGGUCUGCUGGACAUGCCUGGACCCUCCACAGAGCAAGACCGCCCUGUCAGCCAGACAUCUGUGUCCUCCGACGAACUGCUGGUGGACACUAGGUCUCCCACCGAAACGCCGAAGAUUAAACGAAUGCGUACGGCACUGGACACGGCAGGGGUAUCCGCUUUGAAAGCGGCUGACUUUCAAGUGUGCGUGACUGUUAUCGAGGCUCGCCAGCUGGCUGGGCUUAACAUGGACCCGGUCGUGUGCGUGCAAGUUGGUGACGUGCGCAAAUACACCAGCGUCAAAGAAAGCACCAACUGUCCAUACUACAAUGAGUACUUCGUGUUCGAUUUCCACAUGCCGCCAAUCAUGCUGUUUGAUAAAAUAAUUACUUUGUCGGUCCUGCAAUCCCGGAAUAUCUUGAGAGCGAACAAAUUGCUCGGCAGCUUCAAACUAGACGUCGCCACAGUAUGGAGUCAGCCGGAUCGGCAGUUCUACCACAAAUGGGCACUGCUGACCGACCCUGACGACGUGGCAGCCGGUGCGAAGGGAUACCUCAAGUGUGACAUCAGUGUCAUCGGCAAAGGAGACACCAUCAAGAUUCCUCCCAAGAGCGAGAAAGAUGAAGACGAUAUCGAGGCGAAUCUCUUGCUACCCGAUGGAGUGCCCAUAGAACGUCAGCGAGCCAGAUUCAUAGUGAAAAUCUACCGAGCUGAUGGACUCCCCAAGAUGAAUUAUUCCAUUUUGGCCAACGUGAAGAGAGCUUUCACCGGAGAAACUCAAGAUCUAGUAGACCCUUACGUACAAGUCUGCUUCGCUGGAAUGACUGGAUGCACAUCAGUAAAAAAGAACAGUUACACUCCCGUAUGGAACGAGCAGAUCGUUUUCAACGAGAUGUUCCCGCCUCUCUGCCAGCGUCUCAAAAUACAACUGCGGGACAAUGAUCCUGUGCAUCCAAAUGUGAUUGGGACACAUUUUAUAGAUCUGAAGACAAUUUCACACGAUGGUGAAAGAGGGUUUCUCCCAACUUUCGGUCCGGCAUUUGUUUAUUUAUAUGGAUCUACUCGAGACUACAGCUUGCUCGACCAACACGCCAGUUUGAAUAUGGGAAUGGGAGAAGGAGUAUCAUACAGAGCCAGAGUACUCAUCUCUAUCCGUACGGAAAUCACUGACAAUAUAGAAUGUCCGGCGUCCGAAGUCGAAGUAGAACCGGUCCCGCCUAUAAGCGAGCCCAGUUUUGAGAAGAACGAGGAGUUCUUCCUGUUCGCAAGCGUUUUCGAUGCCAACAUGAUAGACAAGCGGCUCGUCGAUAGACCUAUACAGUUCGAAUUGAGUAUUGGUAAUGCUGGCAACUCUCUCGACGGCCACAACGAAUCCGUGAAGCGUCCGCAGGACCUUGAAACUGAUGAAUUAGAUGAACUAGCUGCAGAUACUGGUUAUUGGCAAAGCACAACGACAGCAACCAAAGCCACUUCCAACGACAAGAACUAUUACUACUUACCAUAUUGGGACCACAAACAGUGUAUGCAUGUGCGGAGCAUCUGGCCGGACCAUCGCCGGCGCAUGUACAAUUCAAACAUGAUAGAAAACAUCAUCGAAAAAUUUGAGGAAGGCUUAACUGACGCACAAGCCGCCAUCGAAACAGACAUGGGUCCGGAGAGUAACUGUGUGCUCGGUCUCAAGUCAGCUUUGGAAAUGGCAAGUAACUCGUGCGCAGCGUACGUACGGCAUAUGACAAACGCACCACCAAUUGGUAACACAAAACUGGAUCGGGAACGACAGAAACUGUGUCUCUACGAAAUUGAGCAAAUUUCAACAAUGGCAAAAAGUCUUAAAGCUUUGAUUACGAAACACUCGAUAAAAGAUCGGCUGCGGACUGCUUACAGUUAUUUGAACAGGUUGAAGCACCUUUGUGAAGAUUCUCAACAUUCAAUGCCAGAUAUAUUCAUUUGGAUGAUAAGCAAUGGUAAGCGGUUGGCUUAUCAAAGGAUUCCAGCCAGAGACAUAAUUUAUUCAGACUAUGUUGAUGAAUGUGGAAAAUAUUGUGGUAAAAUGCAAACACUUUUCUUGAAGUGGCCUGGUAAAAAAGCAGCAUCACCUAACGGUUGGUCAAUACCAGCGAAGAUGAAAGUAUACUUGUGGUUGGGUCUUUUACAAGAUAAAAAACAUUACAUUGAUGGAUUACCGCAGGGUUACGAAGUCAGCUCCGAAUUACGUAAUGCGGACAAAUUACGAUCUAAUGCACCAUCUACCAUAUUCUAUGCCGAAAAACACAGUUUUCAAAUGCGUGCAUACAUAUAUCAAGCCAGAUCAUUGAUAGGUUCCGACUCCUCUGGAUUAUCAGACCCAUUCGCUAGAGUAGUUAUUGGAGAUAGUACAGCUACGACACAAGUUAUCGAUGAAACUCUAAGCCCCACAUGGGACGAAUUACUGGUAUUUGAUGAUGUUCUUUUAUACAGCACAAUAGAACAAAUUAAAGCGGAUCCCCCAACAAUCGUUAUAGAAAUAUUUGAUCAAGAUAAAGUGGGGAAAUCAGAAUUCAUCGGCCGCACAUUAGCAAAACCUCACGUCAAAGCCUUUGAAGACGCUUAUGAAAGACCACAGUUCCCGCCCUCACUCGAAUGGUAUGACAUCACUCGCGGCGAUGAUAGAGCAGGUGAACUUUUAGCUACAUUUGAGAUAUUGGAAAUUCCAUAUAAACAAGAUGUAUCAGUUCUACCAGAGUUACCGACGCCCAGAGAAUCAAACGGCAAACCACCAGUCGACACGAAUAAAGGUCCAAUCCUGCCUGUUCCGAGAGGAAUUCGUCCCACUCUUUCUAAAUACCGCAUAGAAGUAUUAUUUUGGGGCUUACGUGAUCUCAAACGCAUUCAUCUCCUUACUGUCGACAAGCCAAGGGUGGACAUAGAAUGUGCGGGAAACAUUUUAUAUUCGACAGUGAUUCAAAGCGCAAAACGAAAUCCAAACUUUACAAAUCCUGUGAAAUUUGUAGAUGUAGAACUACCAGACCAAGAUUUAUAUAGACCUCCGUUAACUAUUCGUGUAGUAGAUUGCAGAAGCUUUGGCAGAAUAACACUUGUUGGAACACAUACUAUAAAUUCUAUCCAUAAAUACAUUUAUACACCCAUGAGUAAGAGAGAGAAAGAAAUGGAGGAAAGAAAAAAGUCAUUGAUUCAGCUACAAAAUGUAGAUUUACGUGCUAAUUGUAUCGUUCAGGAUGACGUCUUCACUGUUGAAAAUGAGAAAGAAAAUUGUCCAUUGCUGACUCGCGAUGGACGAUCGGCUGUUACAUAUGGUUCAAGUGUCAAACAACCAAUGAGGAAGAAAUUCAACAAACGUGAAUCGACUAAAAAGAGAAAAGCCAGUACGGAUUCAGUGUUUGAUGAUGAUGAGGGUAGCAAAGAUUGGUGGACGAAAUACUUUGCUUCUGUUGAAUUCAUGAUAGAAGAGGAAAAAGAAGCUAAACGGGAACGUCAAGGAUUUUUACAACCAUCGCAAAUGACUUACAUUGACGAGACACGGUCACCGCGAGAAGAAGUUCACUCUCCGAGACCAGAUCGAGAUCGUAACAAGCGACGACAGACACCCUCACCAAGGCCCAAAGUAAGCCCGACGAUUCUGAAAAAGAACGAAAUACCAAAUUCAGCUUUGACUAAAAUUUACCCACACGAACUUGAAGCGGUCCCAGAGUACGAUGAAUUCAAAGAAUGGCUUCAUUCAUUUGAAUUAUACAGAGGAAAAAAAACAGGUGAUGACUCAGAAGACGAAAAUCGCGUUGUAGGAGUUUUCAAGGGUGCUAUAAAAGUAUAUAAAUGGCCUCUACCAAGAGGAAUUGACGAUCAUACAGUGAUGGGAUUUGAUCCAAAUUACGGUUUCUUCCAAGGCGUCCCAAAUAACGAUCCGAUACAUGUUUUAGUGAGAGUAUAUAUAGUAAAGGCAACAGAUCUCCAUCCGAUGGAUUUGAAUGGAAAAGCCGAUCCGUAUAUAGUGCUGCAUUUAGGUUCGAAGAGAAUAAGCGACAAGGAAAACUAUGUUUCAAAACAACUGAACCCAGUUUUUGGCAAGUGCUUCGAAAUUGAAGCGACAUUUCCACAGGAUUCUAUGUUGACGAUACAAGUACUCGAUUGGGAUUUGUUGGGCGCGGAUGAUUUGAUUGGAGAAACAAAGAUAGAUUUGGAAAAUAGAUUCUACAGCCGCCAUAGAGCAACUUGUGGAUUACCUAUGAAAUAUGAAGAGCAAGGUUACAAUCGCUGGCGCGAUGCGAUGAAGCCCACCCAAAUUCUUGCUAAGCUGUGUAAGGAUGGUAAACUAGAUCCUCCCAUAUACGAAUAUGGGCGUGUAAAAGUCGGUCGUACAGUAUUCAACAUGCCCAUGGAGGAUACAGACUUAUUUUCCAACCCAGACACUAUGGAAGAGCAGAUGGCGUUAGUUGUAUUGCGACGUUGGCAAGAAGUACCCAGAGUCGGGACCAAGUUGGUUACUGAACAUGUAGAAACAAGACCACUUUACAAUCCUAACAAGCCGGGCCCGCCGAUGGACAUAUCAGCACGCAAGCCCAAGUCAUACGAGAUGCGUGUAAUAAUAUGGAAUACUGAUGACGUUGUUCUUGAGGAUGACGCUUUCUUCACCGGGGAAAAAAUGUCAGACAUCUACGUCAAAGGGUGGGUAAAGGGCCCUGAUGAUUGCCAAUGUACCGACAUUCACUACCGUUCACUGACUGGGGAAGGCAAUUUCAAUUGGCGUUUCAUAUAUCCCUUUGAUUAUUUAGAAGCUGAAGAACGUAUAGUGAUAUCUAGGAAAGAAUCUGUGUUUUCUUGGGAUGAGACUGAAUGCAAAAUACCAGCACGUCUAGAAUUACAAGUCUGGGAUGCAGAUCAUUUUUCGGCUGACGACUUCUUAGGUGCCAUAACUCUUGAUCUAAAUCGAUUCCCGCGUGGCGCAAAGUCGUCGAAACUAUGCACUCUGGAUAUGUUACGUAAUGACGGAUCAGUACCUAUGGUUAGCAUCUUUAAGCAGAAGCGUGUCAAGGGUUGGUGGCCAUUCUACAUCAAGAGAGACACUGAAGAAAUGGAAUUGACUGGAAAAGUCGAAGCUGAAAUACAUCUAUUAACACGAGAGGAAGCUGAUAAAGUGCCGGCUGGUCUUGGACGCAACGAACCAGAUCCUUUGGAUAAGCCGAACCGACCCGAUGCUUCGUUCAUGUGGUUCCUGAACCCGCUCAAAUCGAUUCGCUACAUCGUGUGGCACAACUACAAGUGGACCAUUCUGAAGGCGGCAAUCAUCAUUUUGGUUGCCCUCAUGUUCUUAUUACUGAUAUACGCCGUGCCUGGGUACACUGUGAAGAAAUUCCUUGGCGCAUAAAAUAUCAAUAUUUAUUGGGACGGAUAUUAUGUCCCGUGUGGAAGCGAAACUUGUCUGUAUUGGCAGCUAUUACAGUAAUAUUUCAAUUCAUAUCAGUAAAUUAGAAUACCUAUAAUAAUAUUUCUCUUCAUGCAAACAUUUCGGUAAAUGGAUCUUAUUAACAUACUUUUGUAACAAAUGUAGUAAUCUACCAAUCGAACAGUACACAAUCCCUUUUUAAAUUUAAGUAAAUAGAAGAGGACGAAAAUAUUUUUAAUCUCUAGAUCAGUGUUUACUAACCUUUCCAAUACUGCUACCCCUGUAACCUACUAGGAAAACAGAUUUUACCCCGAUUUUAAAAUGUUAUCAUCAGUCAAGAAAUAUCAAUUUGGCCGCUACAUCUUCAUCUCUAAUAAUGUCAUCAUCAGGAGAAAAUCUCGCUCCGCUUCCCACACUCAGCACCCCACGGGCUCACUAGCAAGAAGGAGCGCAUGUUCUAUUUAGUAUUUUCUUAUUAUUUAGAUUUGACCAUAUAAUAAGGUUCUUAUUACCCCCGAAGUAUGGCUGAUUUACCCCGGACGGGCAAUUACCCCCAGGUUCAGAACCCAGGCUCUAGAUGUUAAAAUGCACUGUUAUCGAAUUUGGCGUUAGAAACGUAUCGAUACCUAUUCAGAUGUUUGUAUUUUUGUGGUAAAUUUCGCUUCUAAACGUCUUUGUUGUUUAUUGUUAGUGUUAAGGGAACUAUCAUAAUCUUUGUAUUCGACUGGAUCUAUCUGUUUUGGAGUAGGUUUAAAGGUAUUUAUCUCAAUGCGUAUAUUGUAUCGACGGCACACAGUGCGUUUAUUUAAUCAUCAAAUUAAACACUUCUACUAGACGUCUAU